CUGGCAACGUGUAUUUAUGUUUUUCAAACCGUCAGCGUCAGUGGUUGUCAUUGUGUUUUUAGCUAUAAGUUUGUGUAUAUUUUAUCAUUUUUUAAAUAAUUACUGACAUAAAAAAUGGACGGGGUUGUCUUUUCAAUCCCCACAAAUCGAGCCGAUCUUCUGAACGAAAGUGAAAGAAAAUACACUGUGAAGAAUGUCGUGGUUUCUUCUGAAAUCCUCAAAAAACUUGAAGAGGCUCGAACAGGGCUUCUCGAAGAGGGCCCGUACUUUAUUUUGGACAAUUUCGACACCUACUAUUCCAUUUUGCAUCAAGAAAAUAAGCUAUCCAUCGAUGUAAUUCAGAAAGGGUUCAACAGUUUACUGAAGGCGGUCAAGCAGCUCAACGACACGAUCCUCUUCCUGGUCGAAGACCCGGCCAGUCUGAGUGAGGAAUCAAAGUCGAAAAUGGCCAACGUUUUAAAAAUGCUGACGUACAUCUUUGUCCAGUUCGUCCUGUACUUGGAGGAAAAAAACAAACGUUCUGGCGACUUACUAAGCAAGGGUAAAAAGGAGAAAAAGCACGAUAACUUCGGCGUAAACAAAUCCGAGGUUGUGAAAGCAUUGAAUAACAUAAUUCAAAGACCGAUAAACGUCUUCUGGCAACCGCCGAUUGUGGAACACGAGUACAUCGAGUUGUUGAGCGAAUUAUGUUUCGGUCUUUUACAAAACCCGUCCAUAAAACAGGAAAAAGUGGUGAUUAUGGACAUAUUCGGCGUGUUUGGUAAAUUGGUAAAGUCGUACGACUUCGGCGAGACUUUCGUUGCGCGAAUGAUACGAAACGUGUGCAUGUACGAACAUGUAGUACACUGUGUUCCCGAGGGAAUCAAAAUGAUGGUGGAGCAGUUUAGUUGCCAAAACUUGGUUCAUCACCUCAUCAUUGAGGCGACGGAAUGGCAAGCGACUGAGACAGUCCAAGACGUUCAAGGGACACGGUGCUGUUCCAUUUUUCUGACAGAGUUGGCCAAAACGGUCCCCAACUUAGUCUUCCCUGAAGUAACCGAUCUCAGUCUCUAUCUAGCACACCAAUCUGUUCCGUUACGUACAGCCGUUCUUAACGUCAUUACUGAAAUUAUUUUACACGUUUUAACAAGACACGACUUAAAUCAGGAAGAGAAAGACUCGCGCGCUACGUGCUUCGAUAUUUUAACGGAACACAUUUUGGAAUAUUCGCCCAUAAUUCGGGCGAAAGUUAUACAAAACUUGAACAGGCUCCAGAAGGAAAAUGCCAUACCUUUGGUCAUUCAGAACGAUGUUUUAAGUAAAGUGGUGCGACAUUUGUCGGAUAAAUCGGCAACGGUGAGGAAAUGUGCAGUCAGCUGUGUUACCACCUUUCUGGAGUGUAAUCCAUUCGGGGCAAAACUCCAACUAUCCGAAGCUGAGGAACAACUAGCGCAAAAAAUCGAAUUGUUGCGAAAAAUGGAAGCAGCUUACCAGGAACAGUUGGUGGCAAAAGUGCAAGAACUGGAAGCUGGGUGGUUAACGAUUGAGAACGAUUUGUUAGUUGUGGUUACGGAAGAAUUAAAGACAGACGAGGAUGAAGAUGAGGACGAAAGAGAGUCAGUCGAGAGUGAACAAUUUGCGGAGCAAAUUCAAUCUCUCCUGCAUGAAAAAAAAUACGCCGAAGCGUUCCGAAUGUGUCGCCGCUUCACAAACAACAUUCCGGAGUCUCGAAAUGUUGCGAACGAAGAUCAAGCCAAAUUCUACAUGAAUAUUCUGCGCUCGUUUUAUAUCAACACUGUUAAAUUUUUAACAGAAAUGCGAACCACGGCCGGUAUGAGCCAGGAAGAUGUUGAGAAAAUUAAGGCACUGGAAGGGGUCAUUAAAUAUUUCGAAGACAUGGUCAAGUUUUUACGCACAAUUCAUUCGGUCGUGGAACCAAUGAAGAUGGUGCUGCUCUCAGACACGAUGAGUGACACCCACGAAGCAAUCAAGUUUUUUGUCUCGGCCUAUCAUUUUAAAAUCGAUAACGCCAACGAGGGGAUUAUAGAAAUGUUAAAAAUGAUGCGAACUAACCACGAAGAACGCAAAAGUGCGGUCACUGAGGCGCUCCGAACCAUUUAUCUGGUGACUGAUACGAAGAGUAUGGAGGAGCACACGACGACUAUUUUAAACCGCCUGUUUGCACUAUUGAGGAAUUUAACCUACGACCGCUUGGAGGACUUUCAAGACGUUGUCUCGGAAUGGACCGCCAAGGGCAUUCUGGACAACGCUGUUAUUAACAGGUGUUGGCAGUAUUAUACCCAGCACGAGCACGUUUCCGCCGAAGAUGCCCGAGCAGCGGCCGUGUUGCUCCGAAUGGCUGCGAUGGGCAGAAAGACGAUAAUAACAAAAAACCUGAAUGUUGUUGCAACAAUGGCGUUCAGCCAACAAUACAAGAGCGAUAUGUUGUUUUUGGCGAAUUCAUUUCGGCUCCUGUCGGUGGCAGGUCUUGACAAAAUCGAUGUUCAAAGUGAGGAAACACCGUUCAGAAUCAAGAAAACGGAGGAUUUGUUUCACCAGUUAUCGGAUAACUUAAUCGAGAAUUUUUUCAAUGAUUUGCCGUACUAUUCCGAAGCUAUGCAAGCCUGUACCGACUUUACCUUCCGAAUGUGCUCGAAACCGAUGGAAAUUAUCGAGAAUAUUAUUAAAGAAAUUGAUGAGCGGUUCAGACAGCGGCCGCAAACAAUCGUUUUAAGUAUUAGGUUUCUUGAAAUGUUGGGGUGUAUAGCGUUGAAAUUUUUGGAGUAUUUGGACAACGGCGUGCACCGGGAAAUGAAAAGGAGGACUUACCUGAGACAAGAGCGCGAAAAGGCCAAAGCCAAUAAAAAGAAUAAGAGGAAAAGUAAAAGACAGAGUGUGCUUGACACCUCUAAUGCAAGCGAUGUCAGUCUGAGUGGAAGUAUCGUGCUGGGGGCUGAAGCUGAAGACGUCGACACUGAAUAUAUAAUAGAGGCUUUAGAAAACGACGUCGUCUCCAAGAAAGGUGUUUUAGGACAAUAUGCCCCUUUUGUACUAAAGUUCUGUCAAAGACCGGACAUUUACAGCGAUGUUUUGCUGCAAACAGCUGCAGUAACAACGCUUUCCAGGUACAUGUUGAUUUCAAGCAAGUUCUGUGCCGAAAACAUCCGGCUGUUGUUCACGAUUUUGGCAAAAACGAGUCAUCCUGAUAUCAGAUCGACGAUUUCGAUGCAUUGUGUCGAUUUGUUGACUAGAUUUCCGAAUAUAAUCGACCCAUGGAGUCCGCGACUUUCCGAAAUGUUAAAAGAUUCAGUAGCCGAAGUGCGGAAAAAUGCAUUUUUCUCACUGUCGAAUUUAAUUUUGAGAGAUAUGAUCAGAGCAUCGAGUCGCAUAUCGGAGAUGGCGGUUUGUUUGAUUGAUCCCGAUCCGGAAGUCAGCCAACUUUGUAGAUCCUUUUUCACAAAAAUUGCUCAAAAAGACAACAAUAACAUCGUUAGUCUCAUUCCUGAUAUCUUCAGUUAUUUGGUGAAACAAGAGGAGAUCACUGAGGCUGAUCUAAGAUACGUCAUAAAGUUCUUGUUUGAUUUAAUCGAUGUGCCAAAACGGCCGGAAAACUUGGUUGACCGUCUGUGCCACAAAUACACACCAGACGAAAACGUCAGACUCAACCGGAAUAUAACUUAUUGCCUGUCUUUAAUAAAUUACAACGACAAGGCCUUGCAAAAAUUACGCGAUAUGUUCCCGCUUUACCGGCACAAUGUCACAGAUGAGGAAGUUUACUCGACCUUUAAACAGAUAUUGAAUGAGUGUGGCAAGGCAAAAGUCGGUCGAGUUGAUUUAAAACCAAUUGUUACGGAAAUCGAGAAUUGUAUUGCGUCCGUUUUUGAAAUUCACGAAGGCGGGCCCCCUGUUAAACCACCAACGGUUGCAAAAUCGGGAAGAACGGGACGAAAGAAAAAGGGGCCAGCAAAAAGGGCGAGAAAAGUGCAGUCAGAUAGCGAGGAAGAGGACUCAGGGGAGGAUGCGCUACCUAAAAGUACACCUAGCAGAAAUAAGACGUCAAGAAACAGAAGAAAUUCUUAAAACAGACAGUUGUAUUAUUGUUACUUUCAAUAAAGUUUUUACCAUUUAAA